AAAUAAUGUGCGAGUGCACACACACACUGAUUAUAUAUAAAUGAAGAAAAGGAGAUUCCCAUCGUUCGUUUGCCCGCGUUAUCCGCAGAUUAUGUAUAGGUACUACCCAUUAUCUGUGUGUGACCGUGUGAUGUGUAUAAUAAACCUAAUGUCCUAACGUACWCGACGCUAUUCUUUUAUCUUUAUCGUUCUUUUUCCUUUCCUCUUCCCGUCGCCGACCAUCGUGUUUCCAGCUGCGGUCGGCGAGCUGCACUACAACAUUUGCCGCUACCUGCGACCCGGCGACAUUUCCAUCGCACGCGCCGUUCGUUAAUCGUUGUUCACUGGCUCUCGUUCGCAUCGGCCGACUUCGCACAGUGCACGCCGUACACGGUACUAAUAGUUCAUUGAUCAUUCUGACGACUGUCCUCGCCUCUCGCGAAAAAAAAAACGUGAGAAACACGUGCACCUCAUCACUAUUACUAAGACCGUCUACGAACACACCGCCAUGUCGGAUGAACAGCAGAUCUCUAUCCCUGCGAACCGUCCCGAAGACUGCCCUGCAGAACAGCCGCCCAAGGACUGCGUAGCCUCCUCCUUAUCACCGCCGUGUGACGAAACCGAAAUGUCGUCAAAGGACGUUGACGCCGCUAGUUCAGCACCGCCGCAAAAGGACGUCGCUUGCCUCGCAUCUCUGCCAGGCAUUGACGCCGAAGCCAACUCUCCGCCAAAGGAAGAUCCCACCCCCGUAUCUCCGCCAAAGGAAAACCCCACCCCCGAAUUUCCCCCAAAGAAAAACGCCACACCCGAAUCUCCGCCAAAGAAAAACGCCACACCCGAAUCUCCGCCAAAGGAAGACGCCAUAUCCGUAUCUCCGCCAAAGGAAUACGCCAUAUCCGUAUCUCCGCCCAAGAAAGACGCUACCCCCGAAUCUCCGCCAGUGGAAUACCCCAUACCCGCACCGCCACAAGUGAAUGACACUGACCUCCCGGCCAGCCAAUCAUCGUUGCCUUUAAACAAAAACAUCGCAUCGGUGUCAAAGGUCAAGCCGGGGUUUUCGAAGGCCAAUAGUAAUGAAGUCACUAACAGUAAUGACAAUAGUGAUGAAAUAAAGCAAGAAAUUAAGCAUGAAACGAUUGAUUUGGGCAACGAUACAUAUUAUUAUGAUGAUAAUGAUACAGAAAUUCCGGUUAGAAGUGACACUAAAGUUGGGUUUGAUCGUGGACUUGAACCCGAUCAUAUUGUUGGUGCUACUGAAGAAAAUGGAAAACUAAUGUUUUUGAUUGCAUGGAAAGAUUCAAAUGUUGCUGAUCUGCUUGAAUCAACUGUAAUUUACAAAAGAUGUCCUCAAUUAGCUAUUCAAUUUUUUGAAGCUCGACUUAGAUAUUGUCCUAAUGACGAAAGCAAUUAGUUUUUUAUUCUUAUAAAUGAACAAAUAUUCCUAAUUGAAUUUAUCAAAUCUUUAUACUUAGUACAAAAUAUAUUAACUAACAUUUAAGUCUAAAAGAGAAAAACCAAACAUUUUUUAUUU